CUCGAAGGGGAUCUCAUUCCCAGGCACCAGCAAGUGUUCAGCACCAACCACUUCUUCAGUGGGGUAAGAAUUCCAGACCCAGAGAGCAUGGAACCGUUGGAAAUGAAAUUCCCCAAUAUUUCGUACUCUGCGCUGGCUCUCAUGAAGGGCUGCCUUCGGAUGGACCCUGCGGAGAGGCAGAGCUGUGAGCAGCUGCUGCAGCACCCCUACUUUGACAGCUUCAGGGAGGCGGCAGAGCUGGGCAGAGAACGCGAGAAGAGCCCUCGGAAACCGGCCAGGCUGACUCGGAAGCACGUGCCAGGGCCACAGCACCUGCCUCAGCUGACCUGCAGCAACACUCUCCCAGCUUUGGACAGCAAGAAGAACUGCUGCAAGACAAGGAAAUCCAAGUACCACUUCCCACACAUCUGACCAGGUGGCAGAUCAAAACUCAGUUGUUCCAAGUCCUCCAGGACGUGCCAUGACUUUCAGUAAUGGCACGUACAGGAUGGUCUGUCCUCAGCUCUGGGUCACUGACGGAGAGGAGGUGAUGCAGAAGGAACUCCAAGCUCAUCUUAGUGUUCUGUGUACAAAGGCAAAUCCAUCCUGCUUUAUUCCUGAUUCAGGAAUUACCCCAAGGAGUGCUUCCAGUAUGAAAUUUCAAACCCUGCCCUAUCUGUCCCUUGCAUUUCAGCCUUGGCAGGAGAACUCCACCUUGCCAAACACACGAGUCCCUCGGGUGUGUGCUCUGUGAGGAGCUGUGUGUGCUGCUGAAGGCUGUGAGAGGUGUUGGAGUAGCCCUGGCUGCUCCAGGGAUGCACGGGGCUCGCUCCUGCCCUCACACAGCUCACAGGUUUCGGAGUGCUGCUGGUCACUUCACAGGCUCAGCAGGCACCACGCCCAGGAGAACAGAACAAUACUCCUGUUGUUUCUUAGUCUUUCCAGAGCUGCUCCUGCAAGUUUUGUCCUUGAAUUCUGCUUCUGACAAGAGUGAGAGCGCUUGCUUGUAGUUACAAAAAUGAUUUUAUCAAAACUAAUCAUGAAUGUAAUUUAUAACGUUGGCCAGACACAGGCAGGAAUUCUACCUAAGAGUUUGUAUUAGAACCACUGGGGUCUGUGGAAUCUCAGAAUAUAAUACUGUGUUAAUUUGGAAUAAAAGAAA